AUGGUCUCCACGCGACACCAUCCCCGCGACUUCCCCUCCCCGGAACGCGCCGCAAAAGAGCUGAUCAAAUCACCAACCACCACCGCCAAUUCGCGCAAAUGGACCCAUACGCCCGCUGCUGCCGUGACAAUCUGGCUGCUCGUGUCUGUCCCUUUGGUUUUGUGGGAUGCCAGUUAUGUCCUGCUGCGACCGUAUAGUAUGCCCGGUGGAAAGUGGCACUCGCCUCUCUACACCCCUUACGCGCUGUACGGAACGGUCGACUACAUCUACGGCUGGCCCGCGUUCAAGGCGCGCAACGGAUUCACCGCCGCGCAGACCAUCUUGAACCUUUUUGAAACAGCUGGAUAUCUCUGGUAUCUCUCGGUCGUCUACCUGUAUGGAUCGACGGUUGUGAGCGAUCGCGGAUCGCAGCCGGUCUCGAAAGGAUUCUUGUGGCUGUUGAAGGGGGACAAAGUGGUUGCUGGGCGCAUCGGCGCGAUCGCGCUGCUGGUCGCCUACUCCGCGUCUGUUAUGACUCUCAGCAAGACCGUCCUUUAUUGGCUCAAUGAGUAUUUCUCUGGCUUCCAUAAUAUCGGCCACAACGAUGCGCUCACUCUCACCCUCUACUGGAUUAUUCCCAAUGGCGCGUGGCUUGUGUUCCCCAGUUACAACAUUUACGUUCUCGGAGGUGAGAUAUUGAGCUCUCUGGAGCUUGCCGCACCUCGCCAAAAGGCAGGGCGGCCCAAGUCAAACUAA